AUGGGUCAAAUGGAUGUGGAUGCCCGUGAACCUCACGGCACCAAGCGGCCAGCAGAGGACGCUGAAACUGAACCUCCCCACAAGCCAAAGAAAAUUAGAGCCCUCGAUCCAGAUGUCGUGAACAAGAUCGCUGCCGGGGAGAUCAUCGUGGCUCCGAUGCAUGCCCUGAAAGAGUUGAUCGAGAACGCAGUCGAUGCAGGCUCGACCUCUUUAGAAGUUCUGGUCAAGGACGGUGGUCUAAAGCUUCUCCAAAUCACGGAUAACGGACAUGGUAUCGAUAGAGAUGAUCUCCCCAUUCUAUGCGAAAGAUUCACCACAUCCAAGUUGAAGGAAUUUGAGGACCUUUCCAACAUUGGUACAUACGGAUUCCGCGGAGAAGCAUUGGCCAGUAUUAGUCACAUCGCCCAUCUUACUGUCACGACCAAGACGGCCGGAUCUAGUUGUGCGUGGAGAGCACACUAUGGCGAUGGGAAGCUCAUCCCUUCGAAACCAGGGCAGUCUGCUGCUCCCAAACCUACUGCUGGACGGGGUGGCACCCAGAUUACCGUGGAAGACCUAUUCUACAAUGUCCCAACGAGAAGACGAGCAUUCCGCUCCGCAAGCGAAGAAUACGCCAAAAUCCUCGACGUCGUAGGCCGGUAUGCCGUGCACUGCGCCGGUGUGGCCUUCUCAUGCCGCAAACACGGUGACUCGGGAGUCAGCAUCUCAACACCAGCCGCAGCAAACACAGUGGACCGGAUCCGGCAGAUUCACGGAAGUGCUGUUGCUAACGAGUUGGUCGAGUUCAAAGUGGAAGAUGACAAGCUGGGGUUUAGCUCUUCGGGACUUGCUACGAACGCCAAUUAUCAUGUUAAGAAAACGGUUAUACUGCUUUUCAUCAACCACCGGGCUGUUGAAUCCACUGUUGUCAAGAGGGCCGUCGAGCAGACAUACUCUGCCUUCCUACCCAAGGGAGGCCACCCCUUUGUCUACAUUGACUUGGAGGUUGAACCGCAACGAGUGGACGUAAACGUCCAUCCAACAAAACGCGAGGUAAACUUCCUAAACGAAGACGAAAUCAUUGAAGCCAUAUGCAACGAAAUCAGAUCAAAACUCACAAAGGUCGACUCAAGUCGAACCUUCUUAACACAAAGUGUCCUUCCAGGAAUGGGCGUACCGACAAUCGAAAGCCUGAGCCGUGACGACGAAGAUCCGGAGGAGGGCAGACCCUCAGCAACACCCAAAACACCUGGUACAACAAAGAAACCAUACGAGCACAACCUUGUCCGCACAGACUCGAAAGUUCGUAAGAUCACAUCGAUGCUCUCACCCGCUGUACCCGCAACCGCAUCCCGUACGGACGAUGCGGAAGGCACCUCAUCCACUAUCCUUGACGAAGGACUAAAAUACGAGACCACAGACCGCGAGCCCAUCCGCAUAGCUCUUACCUCAGUCAAAAACCUCCGCGCUGGUGUCCGCGCCAACAUGCACAAUAACCUCACCGAGAUGAUCGCCUCUCAUACAUAUGUCGGGUUGGUGGACGAACGACGCCGCAUCGCGUCUAUUCAGUCCGGGGUGAAGCUCUAUCUCGUCGACUACGGAAUGCUAUGCAGUGAAUUCUUCUACCAAAUCGGACUAACCGACUUUGGCAAUUUCGGUAUCAUCAAACUCGACCCAGCGCCAAAAUUGGUUGAUCUCCUUCGCAUCGCAGCAGAGGCGGAGAAAGAGAGCCACAAAGCACAACGACAACAACAAAAACGAGGCGAAGCAGAAGAAGAAAACGAAAUAUUCACCAAUGCCCCCGACAUUGUCGCAAAUACCCUCAUCGAACGCCGCGAAAUGCUAGAUGAAUACUUCUCCCUCCAAAUCUCCGAAGACGGUGACCUCAUAUCCAUCCCUCUACUUCUCAAAGGUUACCUCCCCUCCCUGGGCAAACUACCGCGCUUCCUCCUCCGUCUCGGGCCCUACAUCGACUGGUCUGGCGAAGAGGAAUGCUUCCGAACAUUCUUACGGGAACUCGCAGCAUUCUACACCCCAGAACAGCUGUCACUUCCCCCAUCCGUCACAGGUUCCAAAGAGAAAGACCACGAAGUAUCCGAAUCACAAACCGAGAACGACAGUGACGAAGACGAAGCUAUCCAACAGCGCCGGUUGCAGAUGGGCCGAAUGUUAGAGCAUACCGUCUUUCCGGCAUUAAGGGCACGCAUGGUUGCCACGACGCGCUUGCUAAGGGGUGUUGUGGAGGUUGCUGAUCUCAAGGGGCUGUAUCGGGUGUUUGAGCGUUGCUGA